AUGCUUCCGACUAAAACUUUAACUCACACUUUGGGCGUUCCCUGGUUGGAACCCCAACAAAGCGACGUCGUAACGGGGACUGGCGUUCUCUUACCUUCUUUCCAAACAAUGGUGGAUGGUGACUGGUACUUGGAUCAUUCUCACCACGAGUUUCUCCUAAACGACGCGUUUUUAUUAAACCCUUUGGACUCUUCUUCUUCGUUGCCGGAGCAACACCUUGUGGUGCCGCAGAAGCCGAGUUUCUCCUCCUUCUUCGACGCCAACGGGAACGGUUUUCUCGACAGUGGGUUUGAAUGCGGUGCUCAGAGUUGUUUCCUCGCGGGGUUAUCGGCGAAUGCGCCCAGUUUGAACGCGGCGUUUCCGGCAAGUCCACUUGGUGGCGGGGUGCCUCGGGAUGAGAAGCAUGACAGGACCGCGCUGCGGUCUCUUUACAAGCUUUCUCCGCCUACUCGGUAUCGGAAGCGGAUGGAGCGGUGGCGGGAGGCAGGGAAUUUGGAGGAAUCGGAGCUUCCGCCGCCUCCCGGGAGGAGGAAGAGAGAGAAUGAGGAAGGUUUGAGUUAUGAGUCUGAUGAGGAUGGGAAGUUGUUGGAGAAUGGCUUUGAUGCAAAUGAUAACGAUGAUGAUCAUGAAAAUCAGAAUGGUGGUGUUGGUGUUGGUGGUGGUGGUGAAGAUCAGAAAGGAAAGAAGAAGGGGAUGCCGGCGAAGAAUCUCAUGGCUGAGAGGAGGCGGAGGAAGAAAUUGAAUGAUAGGUUGUACAUGCUUAGGUCUAUUGUGCCCAAGAUUAGCAAGAUGGAUAGGGCUUCAAUUCUUGGGGAUGCCAUUGACUACCUGAGGGAGUUACUACAGCGGAUUAAUGAUCUUCAUAAUGAACUAGACUCAAGCACGCGUGGCUCAUCUCUUCCACCUGCUGCCAGCUUUCACCCUGUGACAGCCACUGUGAAGGAAGAACUAUGUGCUACCACUCUGCUAAGUCCUAAAGACCAAUCAGCAAAGGUGGAGGUUAGGCUAAGGGAAGGGAGAGCUGUCGAUAUCCAUAUGUUUUGUGCCCGCAGACCAGGUCUUUUAUUUUCUAUCAUGAGGACAUUGGAUAACCUUGGAUUGGAUGUUCAGCAGGCUGUUAUCAGCUGUUUCGAUGGUUUUGCUUUAGAUGUGUUCAGAGCUGAGCUAUACCGGGAAGGCCAGGAUGCUGCCCCAGAACAAAUUAAAGCGGUACUGUUGGAGACAACAGGUUUCUGUGAUUAG